GCCUGAGCGAGUCCCCACAGAGAUGGCGGCCCCCUAUCCCAGCAGUGGUGGCAGAGGAGAGGUCAAAUGCGGGACAGGUCGUGGUGGCAGCGUCCCGUGGGACUUUCUGCCUGGGGUCAUGGUCAAGGCCCCGCCGGGACCCUGCCUGCAGGCGCAGCGCAAGGAGAAGUCCCGGAACGCGGCGCGCUCGCGGCGCGGGAAGGAGAACCUGGAGUUCUUCGAGCUGGCCAAGCUGCUGCCGCUGCCCGGGGCCAUCUCGAGCCAGCUGGACAAGGCGUCCAUCGUGCGGCUGUGCGUCACCUACCUCCGCCUGCGCCGCUUCGCCGCGCUCGGGACGCCGCCCUGGGGGCUGCGAGCGUCCGGGCCCCCCGCCGGCCUCGCCCCAGGCCGCAGGGGCCCCGUGGCACUGGUCUCCGAAGUCUUCGAGCAGCAGCUGGGAGGACAUAUCUUGCAGUCCCUGGAUGGCUUUGUGUUUGCCUUGAACCAGGAGGGGAAGUUCCUCUACAUCUCGGAGACGGUCUCCAUUUACCUGGGUCUCUCACAGGUGGAGCUGACGGGCAGCAGCGUCUUCGACUACAUCCAUCCCGGAGACCACUCAGAGGUGCUGGAGCAACUGGGACUGCGGACCCGGACCUCCGGGCCCCCCACCCCACCCUCCAUCCCCUCCUCUUCCUCCUCCUCCUCCUCUUCCUCCUCGCUUGCCGAUACCCCUGAGAUCGAAGCCAGCCCCACCGAGGUGCCCCGCUCCUCCGGGGCCCAGGAGCGCUCUUUCUUCAUCCGUAUGAAAUCCACCCUCACCAAGCGGGGUCUGCACGUCAAGGCCUCGGGGUACAAGGUCAUACACGUGACUGGUCGCCUUCGGGCUCGCGCCCUGGGCCUUGUGGCCCUCGGCCACACGUUGCCCCCCGCCCCACUGGCUGAGCUGCCACUACACGGACACAUGAUCGUCUUUCGUCUCAGCCUGGGUCUCACCAUCCUCGCUUGUGAAAGCAGAGUCAGUGACCACAUGGACCUGGGGCCUUCGGAGCUGGUGGGCCGCAGCUGCUACCAGUUUGUCCACGGACAGGAUGCAGCCAGGAUCCGCCAAAGCCACCUGGACCUGCUGGACAAGGGCCAGGUGAUGACUGGGUACUACCGCUGGCUGCAGCGUGCUGGGGGCUUUGUGUGGCUGCAGUCCGUGGCCACCGUGGCUGUGAGCGGGAAGAGCCCUGGGGAGCGCCAUGUGCUGUGGGUCAGCCACGUGCUCAGCCAAGCCGAGGGUGGCCAGACACCUCUGGACGCCUUCCAGCUUCCAGCCAGCGCGGCCCGUGAGGAUGUGUCCAGCCCAGAGCCCGCAGAGCCAGCGCCUCCAGCGCAAGGGAAGCAGGUUGCCCCGCUGGACAAGGACGAGGCCCCCCAGACCCAGGGCAAAUGCAUCAAAGUGGAGCCUGGCCAGGCGGAGACAAAAGACCUGGAGGACAGCGGAGAUGAGGAGCCAGCUGGCCACCCAACCCCGCCGCGGCACGAGUUCACGUCUGUCAUCCGAGCAGGGGCCCUGAAGCAGGACCUCGUGCGGCCAUGGGGCCUGGUGGCUCCUGGGGACACCCCACCUUCCCUGCUCCAUGCAGGCUUCCUGCCCCCCGUCAUGCGGGGCCUGUGCACGCCUAGCACCAUCCGCUAUGGCCCCACGGAGCUGGGCCUCAUGUACCCACAUCUGCAGAGGCUGGGCCCGGGCCCCACCUUCCCGGAGGCCUUCUACCCACCCCUGGGCCUGCCCUACCCAGGGCCCCCAGGCACGAGGGUGCAGCGGAAGGGGGACUGAUCUACCUACAGAGCUGGACCCUGGGGGAUGGGUACAGGUCCCUAAGGGAGCAGGGGCAGGACUCUAAGAAUUAAAGACCUGCUCCCCAUCUGUGGCUCAGUCUCUGGAA